AUGGCGAGCACACCCCUGAUGGCAGAGUUUCCCGAACUCGCACAAUUAUCGAGAGAGGACUUAGAGGAUCUCCUCGUCGACCCUGUUUACUUCCAGGCGACAUUUCAUGCGCUUAAUCAGGUCAAGUCAUUAUACCAGGCGCAGGCGGAGCUUGGCUCAGCGAACGAGUCAAUAGCAAGACAUAAUCUCGCCUUGCAGGAUAGUCUCUACAAGCUACGAACCGAGACCCAGGAAGCAUUCGAUGAAGCAAAGGCGCUAGAAAAGAGAUGGAAAGAUCUAGAGAAGGAGCAGAAGGAAGUCUAUCAGCGCUUCUCUCCGCAAUUCCUCUUGAUGCGCCUGAGGCAUGCUACGGCUGCGCAAGACGACUUGUCAGAGGCUCGUGCCUCAGCGUUUGUUCAGGGCUCCACAGAGGAAGCGGCGUCGAGUCUCAGUGGCAAGGACAUCGAUGACUUCGUGCGCGAGUUCAAGGAGCUGCGAAAGGUCUAUCACAAGCGGAUGAUGUGGGGUGACCGGUGGGCCGCCGGGCAAGUGGAAUGGCGAGAUGAUUAG